AUGAUUCCGACCAUUGAUUUUAGAAUCGUAGCUGAAGAAGAUGAUAAUGGGGAACAGGCCUACCGUUGCUCCAAAUGUAAGGCCGAUAUGAACACUAGAUAUUAUUUAUGUAAAAAGUGUUUUCGGGAAAUUGCUGAUAACGCAUCGACAACGUGGACAAGUGAGAGACACCACAUCGAUGAGUUAAUCCUCAAUUCACAAAGAGAUGCCGACCAAGUUCACCAGUUUAUCGAAUGGAUUCCAUACGAUAGUUUUACGAAUAUCGAAUUUGUAGCCAUGGGGGGUUUUGCCAAGGUCUGUAAAGCUUCUUGGAAACAGGGAUGCUGGGAAUGUUUAACAGAGGACGAUACUUCCACAAGAUAUUUCAAACGUAGAGGAUCUAUGGAAGUUGCCCUAAAAGAGCAGAAGAAUUCCGUAACACUUUCGGUGGAAUAUUUAAAGGAGGCAAGUAUGAAACUCUUAUUUUUAAACAAAAAUCGUCAACCUUACGUUUUAUUGAUAUCAAUCACUUCGAAACAGGUCGCAGCUUAUCUAAAGUGUGAAUACAGGAUUUUUUGUGACAAUCGAUUAUAUGGACUUUCAGUGAACCCCGAGACUAGGCAGAUAAUAUUGGUUAUGCGGUACAUGUCUGGCGGUGACUUGAGACAACUUUUGAUGAGGAAUCCUGCAGAGUUCACAUGGAGUGAAAGAAUAGAGCAGCUAUGUGCGUUGAUGAAGGAUUUACAAACUAUUCAUAAAGCAGGCUUUAUCCAUAAAGAUUUUCACAGCGGGAAUGUGUUGUGGACUCAUGAUAACUAUCAGAACUAUGAAUUAUGCAUUUCCGAUUUAGGUUUGUCCGGACCCGCCAAUGAUAAAGACGAUAAAGUUACUGGAGUUGUUCUGUAUAUGGCACCAGAAAUACUCCAAGGUCGACCAAAGUCAACAGCGUCUGAUAUAUAUGCUUUCGGUGUAGUUAUGUGGGAAUUUUCUUCGGGACAACCAGCCUUUGUCGAUUACAAAGACGAUAAUAUACUAGUCUUUAAGGAGAAAAUUAUUAAAGAUAAGUUGAGACCUUUACCCGUAGAUGGCACCCCGGAUUGCUAUGUGAAUUUGAUGGAACGUUGCUGGGUGGCUGAACCCGAAGAUAGACCAACAGCUGAAGAAGUAUUGUAUACAUUAUUAGCAUUCAGAGAGAUGAAUGACAAGACUUUGCCUACUUUUAACGAUACGGUCUUUGAUCAAUUCGAAUCGGCAGAGGAAUGGAGAUUACUAAAAGGAUCUUCGGAUUCAAACGAAAGAUUUCACCAUGAAAGAUAUACUAGUACAAUUAUCAACACCGACGACUUUAUCAAGACAGCGGAAGAUGUCGGCCAGUAG